AAGGCGUUCUUUUGCUUAAACCACAAUCCUGGGCAAACAUGCUGAAACCAAGUGGAUUAAAAAUUCCCGGCAGGGCUGGGAAGCAUUCCAGCCCUGUGGGACGCCCUGGCGGGACGACAACCACGGCCGCCACGGCCACCACGGCCACCAAGGAAGGGUCACCUCUUCACAAACAGGGUUCUACCUCUUCCUCCGCCGCCGCCGAGAAGCCACCAGGGUCGAAGGUUGCCGAGGUGGGCGAUGACUUCCUGGGGGACUUUGUGGUGGGCGAACGCGUCUGGGUGAACGGAGUGAAGCCGGGCGUGAUCCAAUAUCUCGGAGAGACCCAGUUUGCCCCGGGACAGUGGGCGGGGGUCGUUUUGGACGACCCCGUUGGGAAGAACGAUGGCUCUGUGGGUGGCGUUCGCUACUUUGAAUGCCAACCCCUUCAGGGCAUCUUCACACGGCCUUCCAAGUUGACCCGCCAGCCCACGGCGGAGGGCUCCGGGAGCGACGCCCAUUCCGUGGAGUCCCUGACGGCUCAGAACUUGUCCCUCCACUCUGGGACGUCCACCCCACCUCUUUCCACCCGAGUCAUUCCACUGCGGGAGAGCGUCCUGAACAGCACCAUGAAGACCGGGAACGAAUCUGGAUCGAACCUCUCGGACAGCGGGUCGGUGAAGAAAGGGGAUAAAGACUUUCGGCUCGGAGACCGUGUCCUGGUUGGCGGAACAAAAACUGGCGUCGUGCGCUACGUGGGAGAGACGGAUUUUGCCAAAGGAGAAUGGUGCGGUGUGGAGUUAGAUGAACCUUUGGGGAAGAAUGACGGAGCUGUUGCUGGAACAAGAUAUUUCCAGUGCCCGCCCAAGUUUGGUCUCUUUGCUCCUAUCCACAAGGUAAUCCGGAUUGGCUUCCCAUCCACCAGCCCGGCCAAAGCCAAGAAGAGUAAGAGGAUGGCCAUGGGGGUGUCAGCCUUGACCCAUAGCCCAAGCAGCUCAUCCAUCAGCUCCGUCAGUUCUGUCGCUUCCUCUGUCGGGGGGAGACCCAGCCGGAGUGGACUGCUGACGGAGACCUCUUCGCGCUACGCCCGGAAGAUCUCCGGCACCACCGCGCUGCAGGAGGCCCUGAAGGAGAAACAGCAGCACAUAGAGCAGCUGUUGGCGGAGCGCGACCUGGAGCGAGCGGAAGUGGCCAAGGCGACCAGCCGCAUCUGCGAGGUGGAGAAAGAGAUUGCCAUCCUGAAAGGCCAGCACGAGCAGUAUGUCACCGAAGCAGAAGGAAACUUGCAGAGAGCACGGACCUUGAUAGAUGGGGCACAGAAGGAGAAAAUAGAGUUGCUGAACCAGUUGGAAGAGGAGAAAAGGAAGGUAGAGGAUCUGCAGUUCCGCGUGGAGGAAGAAUCCAUUACGAAGGGAGAUUUGGAGACUCAGACCCGGCUGGAGCAUGCCCGAAUACGGGAGCUCGAGCAAAGCCUCCUGUUUGAGAAGACGCAGGCUGAAAAGCUUCUCAAAGAAUUGGAGGACGCCAGGUUGACCACGGUUGCAGAGAAGUCAAGAAUCCUUCAGCUAGAGGAAGAAUUGACCUUAAGGCGAAGUGAGGUGGAGGAACUACGGCAGUGUUUAAAGAACUCUCACCAGCCAGAGUCUCCGGAUCAUGGCCUCGGCCUGCAGUCUGAAGCCCUCCGCUUGCGCGACCAGCUGCUUUCGGCCAACAAGGAGCACCAGAAAGAGAGCGUCCAGCUGAAGGAGAAGUACGAGAGGACCUUGAAGAAGCACCAGCAAGAGAUUGAGAAGUUGAAAGCUCUAAAUGAGAAAUACUCCCAAGAAAUCGUGGACCUGAAGCAUAAAGUCCAACAGGCCACCAACGAGAACAUGGGGCUAAUGGACAACUGGAAAUCCAAGCUGGACACGUUGGCCUCUGAUCAUCAGAAGUCACUGGAGGACCUGAAGGCUACCUUGAACACGGGCCCCGAUACCCAACACAAGGAGAUUGUGGAGCUGAAAGCUGUGGUGGAGAGCAUCAAGAUGGAACACCAGCUGGAACUGGAGAACCUGAAAGCCAAGCAUGACAUCGAGACCGCCGUUCACGUCAAAGAGAAGGAAGGCCUGAAGUUGAAGGUGCAAGAAGCCAAGGACGAGGUGGAAGAAAACAACAACAACUGGAAGACCCAGCUGGAAACCAAAGCCAACCAGCACCUGAGCGAACUUCAAGACCUGAAGGAGAAGUGCCGGGACGCGGACCUCCGAGUCCACGAGCUGGAGAAGCUGCACGGGGACUACAAAGACCAGGCCCAAGCCAUCGCGUUCUUGAAAGAGCAGAUCUCUCUGGCCGAGAAGAAGAUGUUGGAUUAUGAGACGCUGCAGAAGACCGAGGCCCAGAGUAAACAAGAGAUCCAGCGGUGGCAGGAGAAAGUCCUUGUUUUAGAGAACAAGCUGCAGUCCACGGAGCCGCUCCACCAAUCCCAACAUGCCAACAUGAUUGAAACUAAUGACAUUUCAGAAGAGAAAAUCAAGAUGAAGCAGACGAUGGAAGAUCUCCAGGAUAAGUUGAGUAAGAAGGACAAAGAGGUCUCGUCUCUCGCCUCUCAGACGGACACUCUAAGGGCCCAAGUAAGUGCGUUGGAAAACAGAUGCAGAAGUACCGAGAGAAAGGCUGAUUCGUUGUUGAAAGAGAAGAAGAGGCUGGAAGCUGAACUGGACACGGUGUCUAGAAAAACACAUGAUGCUUCUGGUCAGCUGGUUAUGAUCAGCCAGGAGUUACUCAAAAAAGAAAGAAGCCUGAACGAACUCCGCGCUCUGCUCAUGGAAGCCAACCGGCACUCGCCCGGGCCUGAGCGGGACUUGAGCCGUGAGGUGCACAAAGCGGAGUGGAGGAUGAAGGAGCAGAAACUCAAAGACGACAUCCAGGAGCUGAGAGAGAAGCUGGUCGUUCUGGAUAAAGAGAAAGCGGUAACGGACCAGCGGCGAUAUUCUCUCAUAGACCCUUCGUCGGAGUCGGAAGUUCUCCGGUUGCAGCAUCGGCUAGUCAGCACCGAGGAUGUCCUGAGGAAUGCGUUGGACCAGGGCCAACAGAUGGAGAAGCUCGUGGAGGCCAUGAGAAGCUGUUCUGAAAAAGCACAGACUAUUGGAAACUCUGGAUCUGCUAAUGGGAUCCAUCAACAGGAUAAAUCCCACAAACAGGAGGAGAAGCACUGAUGAAGGAGAAGAGGCGGAGAGGAUUAUGUGAUGCUCGGGUGUACUCCUGAGAAGAGGCGGCACCACAGAGGCCUCCUCCCCCAGUACCCGGGACCCCGUUUAAGCGCUACCUAAAGUAUUUCUGCUCUACGACCACUACCGCAUUCAUAGCGUGGACUCACGCACCUAAUCAGGACGGCCCCUGCCCUAAACGGUUCAGAUUUCCCAAGUUGGGCCUGCUUCCCGAAGAAAGCGGUACAGCUAUUUGCAGCCUUCAGUGGCGGUUUAAUUGGCAAGGGCCCAACUGUGCCAGUUUUGGGGCGGGCGGCAGGCGCCCUGCUGCGUCGGCGGGUAGCGAUGCCUCAGUCCAGGGGCCCUGUUGGGAGAAGUCAGCGAUUUAUUUUAUUUUAUUGCGAAUCCCCGAGAAACCCAUGCGGCUUCCUCCUGACGGAUGCUCUUCUUUGCCCUUUCCGGAUUUGACCGGUCUGCAGAAUACCUACCGCCCGGCGCUGUUGGCCAAUGGGGGACGACUUUGUUCGGAGGUGUCACGGAAAAGACUCUUGAAGUCCCGGACGGGGAGUUUCUGAUUAAUCCUAAUCACGUUCAAUGUGGGAUGCGAAUUUUCAGGCGGACCGUUCUUUAACUUAUUUUUUAACGUCGGUAGCUGUCGAGUUGUUGGUGGGUUGGAGUUUACGAAACGGGGGCGGACUUCGCUGGCGGCCGUACAUGCCUCUCGUCUGCUCAGAGAUUUCUUUGCUUUAACAUGCCCCGUGCAAAGGUUUGAAGACAAAGUAGAGAUUGUCAGAAUUAUGUACUCAGCAAAGCAUUAGGGCAGCCUCCCGCAACGUGA